GCCCCUUCCACUCCUGCCCACCUCCACCAUCUCUACACCCCAACCACCACCAGGGUGAAGGAAUAGAGCAAAGGCAUCCAGAGCACUGCCAAUGGAACAUGAAUGUUGCGAGUGCUUUAAGAGUGUUUUGGAAAUCAAGAGAAUGGGAUGGGAGAAAAUCAACAUUUGAUUCAGAGGACAGUAUUUCAUCUGUACCUAAAAAGAAAAGGAAUUUUCGAAAGAGAUCGAGGCCAUCAGGACACAGUGCAGAUGGUGAGGAGCAGCAGGUCUUUCCUCAAGAGGUCACCUUUCCCUGUUCCAUGUGCAAGCAGGAAGUGGAAAUCGCUGGUGCUUUUCUCCACAAAAAGGAACACAUAGCGCUGGCUGCACUGGGACUCCAGUGGAGGGAAGGGAAGAAGCAGCCGCCCUCCAAGAUUGUUGUUCAGAGACAGCUUGUGAUUUCUAACCUGUUGUCAUCCUUUAUGCUCAAUGAAAAAGUCCUACAGAACAUUAAUAAUGCUUUUGAGCUACUGUGGAAGAAACAAAUGCCAGUAUACUGUAAAAUUUUUGACAACAUCGACAGGAGCUAUGUAUACCCUCAGAAACUCCAUCAUCUAUUAAUUAGAGGAGUAGCCACCUGUGAAGAUAGGAAUUCUACAAGGAAAGCUGCCAUGAAUGACAAAUUCACCGUAAUAAACAAUUUUGGCAACAAACCCAAUGUGUGCUUUUUUGGUUUGUUUGAUGGUCACCUGGGUGCCUCAGCAGCAGACUUGGCAUCGAUGGAAUUCGCAGUUUUACUCCUCCAUCAGCUUUCUCAAGUUGACCCUUCUUACCUGAUGACCCCGGAACAGCAGCAAGUAAUCGAUUCCUUUCAUAGCGUCUUCAGAGAGGACUACACGGCCAUAGAAGACCUCUUCUCGUCCACACAGAAAAGCACGAGCGCACACAGGUGUAAUUAUGAGGACAUACACAAAGCCUUUGCAAAAGCCUUUUGGAGGAUGGACAGACUGUUACGCCUUGGAAGGAGAGAAGUUUCCAGGGUUCUAUGGAGUGGCUGCUCUGUAGUUACCUGUAUACUGGAAGGAAAAAUUAAAUAUCCUUAUGCUAAUAUGAAUUGGAGAAAAAUCAACAGCAGUGAUAAAUUAGCAGCGAGCUUCCUCUCCCAGAAGAUGCCACAAAUAAUUUCUGGAAUAUUACACAUUGCAAACACUGGUAAUGUGCAAGCAGUCUUAUGCAGAAAUGGGAAAGGAUUUUGUCUCACCAAAGAACAUACUACAGAAAACACCAGUGAAAGAGGAAGAGUACUUCAGAAUGGAGCAGUAAUUACUUCAAAUGAACCAUAUGGGCUCCUAGAAGGGCACAUAAAAACGACAAGAGGACUUGGAUUUCAUGGGAAUCUCAAACUAAAAAAAUUUAUUAUUCCAGCACCUGAAACUAUUUCUAUCCCUAUAGAUGACUUGUGUCAAUUCCUUAUCUUAGCUACUAAUGGACUUUGGGAAGUUCUGGAUAAAGAGGAAGUCAUAGCACUGACAAUAACCUUUCAGAUAUGUAAGAAAACAUGUGCUUCUAUCAUACAAAACAAAUCACUGCGCAACAAGCCUCUGUAUCUUUCAAUCAGUGAUAAAAGCAUUUCUGCAUCAGACAGUAAUAACCACAUAUUGUUUCAAUAUAAUCCUGAAUCUAAAGAAUAUGUGUCAACUACAAAUUUAAAGAAAAAUGUAUCUGAUUCAAAAUAUUCUGAACAUUGUGUUUACAACUCUAAAAAUGUAGAAACAUUUCUACCACAGAUGACUCAUUAUGAACCUUGCAGUGAAAAUGAAACUGAUAGACCAACCAGUGCAGAUGAUGGACAAAUAAGCAAAGAGGAAUCAUACCCUAAGAAUUUCUUUGAAGGUGCAGCUGAGUAUGUUAGCCGUGGACUUGUAAAUGCUGCUCUGGAGGCUGGUUCCAGAGACAUUACAGUUAUGGUAAUAUUUCUCAAUGGAAGUGAAUAUCACUUGCUGAUAUAAAAAAUUAAGUUCCAGUUAUUCACAGCACCAAAAUAUAUUACCAAAGACAGUUUUUCAAUGAAGCAAAUAUGAUACAUUAAUGUGCUCGCUUCGGCAGCACAUAUACUAAAAAUAUGAUACAUUAAUACCACGGGAAAUAAUUUUUUUGGGAGGGGUACGGGGGAUCGAACUCGGAUCCUUGUGCUUGGGAGGCUGGCAGUGGAACCACUGAGCUAAAUCCCUGGCCCCCAUGAGAAAUAAUUU